AUGAAAGGAAAGAAAAAGGAUACAGACAAAGAAGGAACUAUAUGGGGAUCAGGUAAGGAAGUCGAGAAAAAGAAAGAUUAUAUGGGAGCAAUUAAGAUCAAAAUUACUGCAAAAGAGGAUUUCUUUUCCAGUUUUCUUAAACUGCCAGGUUGCAUACCAAUUGACAUUCGAGUGUGUCUCAGGAGAUAUUACUCCCAUUCUGAAGUCGAAGAGAAAAGGUCGCUUAAAUUCUUCUUAAAAAAGUGUGACCUCGAUACUAAAGCUGACAUGCCAUAUGAUAAAAUAUGUAUUACGUUACCAGGAGCUUUUGUAAAGCUAAGUCAAAUAAAUGAUUACAGAGGAGUCACUUUCAUAGCUCAUGUAUCUUUGUUCAACUCACACUAUCGUGCAAAUAGAAUGAAGAUACGAAACCUUCUGGACGCUUAUGCUUUUAAACGUGAUAUGAUAUUUAGCUCAAGAGUAUGUGAAAAUAUAGAAAAAGGAAAAUAUCCUACUAGAAGUGUAAGACAUAACAAUAAAUUUGAAAAGAAAGGCUUAGUUCCUGUUGUAUUAGAGGAUUUAUCUAACAAAAAGCUGAAGUUUAAAGCACGUCUAGCUCCAUUAGGAAAGAAAAAGCAACAUCUUGGGAAGAUAAUAAGUUUAGCUAAAAAAAGAGGCAAAAGGGUUCCAGAAAGCUUAAAUUCAGAAUAUUCAUCCGUAUGUUUUGAUUAUGAUUAUUGGGAUUCAAAGCAAAAAGCUUUAAAGUUAUAUAUAAACACUUUUUAUGGGAAGGCAGGUAACUCAAAAUCUCCAAUCUUUCUUUGUGAAUUAGCUGGAGGAACUACUUCAGCAGGAAAAUAUAACCUUAAUCUUGUCGUAGAAUUCGUAACAAAAAAAAGGUUUAGGAUAAAAUAUGGUGAUACCAAUUCUUUGUAUCUCAUCUGCUCAAAUAAGUAUUAUGAAAAAUGCGAUGAAGCCUUUUUCAGAAAAGAUCUUUUUAAAGAAGUGUACUGGACUGAAAUGGUCAAUAUUACUAUGAUUGUGAUGAAAAGCUUACGUAAUCAAGUAAAUGCUUAUCUUGAGAUAAAGAAUGGCACAUCUUACCUUAGCAUAUGA